UAUUUUUAACUUGAACAAUAGAUAUCACGAAAGGUAGUAGAAAAACACGGUAGUACUGUCAGUGUUCAUAGCGCAUAAAGUGCGAUUUUAUUAUCUCUUUUUUCACUAAAUUAUGGACAGACCUUCCAGAAAUAGGAAAGCUGUUAACUACUCAGUCUUCCAAGACGAUGAUGAUGAGGACUUUACCUGUGUGAAACCUCCUCCCAAAAAAGCUCGAACGGCUGUUUCGGAGAGAAACCAAGACAAGACUACAAGUGCAUCUCCAAAUGAAGUUGUUAUUCUCACCAGCUCAGGAAGCAGGAAGAGGACGUCUCUGGAUGAUAAACUUUAUGACAGAGAUUUGGAGACAGCUCUAACAUUGUCAUUGCUAAACUCUCCAGGAACACAAGAUGGAGAGCCUACAACCAAAACAGAUGAUUGUGACGUGUCUCAGCCUGCUCAAUGUUCUCCACCUGUUCUGAUACACUGCAGUGCUGAUGCCAGCCAUUUAGUAGACGACAGUCAUCCCCAUCCAGAUUUUCCUCCUGUGCUGUCAAAUUGUUGCAUUGAUGGCAGAAGUUUAGGGCUGAAUUUGAUCAGCAUGGAUGCCUCCACUACCAAUGUUUCCAAACAGACUGAUGCCUCAGAAGAGCAGAGCAAACCACUGAAGGAGAAGGACAACAAAGUUGAUGAGGACUACCAGCCGCAAAACACACCAGAUUCGGAGAGUGAUGCAGACUUCACUGAAGAAGAUGAAAGUGAAGACGAGACAUUCACGGUGAAGAAGAUAAAGGUGGUGAAACUAAAGACAGAAAAAAAGGCACCACCUCCUGUGAAGGACAAGAAGGAAAAGAAAGACAAAAAGCCCACGAAAGCCUCAAAAGCUAAAACCUCAGCUCCCAGCCCAGCGAUCUGUCGGAGUCCAGCUGCUCCUGUGUCUGGACUGAAGAAGACACCAAAUACUCCACCUAUCUCUAAACCUGCUCUCUGCUCCAGUCCUGCAGGGGGCAAAUUGCCUAAGUGGAAUCCCCCUGGUCUGGUUGGCCGGAGUCCCGGUGCGUCUCAGAAUACACCUAUGAAGUCUCCUGGACAGGGGCUGCGUUUAGGACUUUCCCGUCGGGCUCGAAUCAAACCCCUUCACCAAAAUGCUGCUGUGAAUUAAACAGACUAGUUUUAAAGAAACUAUAUAAUGAGAAGCUGCACAUCUUUAGGUUUCCAUGGCAGAGAAAAAAAAAUGGUAAGAAGUCUAUUUUCAAAGUACUGAAAUUUGUCCAGAAUUUUAAGGCCUUUCAUCCCUUACUUACAGUAAGAAAUAAAUUAUUUUUUGUUGUCAGUGUAAUAUUUUUAAAUGUCUUUUGUGUGGUGUGUUUUAGCUCUGUAAAUAUGCAUUUUUUGAUAAACAUUAAAGACUAUAAUAUGCUAAAAUCUGAAUUUGCUCACUCGUUUUCAUUCACUCCCUGAAGU